AUGACAGACGUGUGCAUCGUCUGCUUGGGCGACCUGCGCCUCCGCCCCGAGGAUGUCGGUGCCGAGACAGAUGUCAAGCCCAUCAAGACCGAGACCGAGAUUACUGCGCCGCUUCCUGUGCUCCCUUCUGAACAAAGGUAUCCAGAUCCUGUCCACACCGAGCAUUUUGAUCCCCCGGAGCCUUCUUCGUCGGUACCGUCGAUUCCUUGA